CCUCCCCUCCCUUACUUUUCUUCUGCACCGGUCACCGUCGAUCUCGUGUCUUCACCACAUUUUAACCAUGGAUCUCAUAAACCAGCAGCAGGAUCGCGUUAUCAAAGCAUUGGAGCAGACGUUCGAACAGCUUAAAAGCGGGAAGGAACUACGAAAACUGAAGGCCCAGGAAUUUCGUUGCCAGGCCAGCUGCUACGAAAAUGAACGAAUUCCAGAUGAUCAACUCGAGAACUGUGGAAAUAACUGCUCUUUGCCUGUUGCACGAUUCAUUAAUUUUGUGAACAGGGAGUACAGUGGUGUAGUGGAACGAACAAAUCGAUGUGGGCUUCAAUGUCUUGACCAAGAAAAAGAUAGAAUGGGGUCUAAAUUUAACGAGUCACAAGACAUCAAUUUCUCAAGAGAAUUUCAAAGCUGUGUCACCCGUUGCAUAGAUGAUUGCUUGAAUGUGCACAUGCCGAAAACAAAUAAGGAAGUGCGAAGAGAACUUGCAGCUGUCAAAAUUCCAGAAUGAUUCAAAUUUUAACCUAGUUACUAAUUAGAAAUUAAAAAUCCAAAAAACACAAA